AUUUCGCAUAUUUUUAUUGUAGCGCGCUGUAGUUGAUGCAAUAUUGUGCACAGUCUUUGGCUCAGCUGACGGCUCAGGUGCAGGUCUUCGCCUUUUGGAGCUCUAAUUAAUGCGCAAUAUACAGGCCACCAACAGCAUAACGCAGCGCUGAUGCCCCGGCCCAAACUUGCAGCCGCACACCAUCUCUAAACCCUACUUGGCCUGGACAGCAGCAGCAGCAGCAACAGCGCCAACAUGACCCCCGCCAAAGCCUCAAGCCCCCGUCCAGACGGCGUGGAUGGACCCCUGGCGACGAUGAUGGCAGCAGACGGACCUGUACACCCUACAGACGGGGCCGGCGGCGUUGCCACUAACGCCGACACGCAUGCAGCUGCAACAACAGCAUCAACUGCCGCUGCUGGUUCAGCGGCGCCGCCGCAGCAGCAGCUCCAGGUGCCUCAGGCGCCGCUGCCUUCCGCACUGAAUUUGCCGCCCAACCGGCCUUCCUCCUCCCUAGGCCGCUCCUCCACCCUCGGCCCCGCGCGCUCCCUCUCCCCUGCUAACAACGGCAACCGAACCCCGCAACAGCCUCCACCGCCGCUGCAGUACCCGCAUCCCCUGCCCCUGAGCCAGCAGCAGCUACCGCUGGCACCCCUCUACCCCGCCUCACAGCCUCCAUCGCAGCCCCAACCGCAGCCCCAGCCGGAUCCCUUGUCUUCACUGCAGCCCUCGCCUCAGCCUUCCCUGGAGCCCUCGCAGUCCGUGGGCUCGCUGCUGCAGUACUCCCAGCCGCCAUCGCACUCGCCGUCCCACGGGUCACUCGCAUACAUGGUGGGAGGAUCCGGCUCCCAGCCGCCGUCGCACUCGCCGUCCCAUGGGUCGCUUCCACUGGCAUUGGCGGGCCCCGGCUCGCUGUGCGCCGGUCUGCCGCGCUAUGUACGGCACCCGCCCAUUGAGGCGGUUGUUUUCGGUUGGGGCGUUAGCGAGGACGGACAGUUGGGGUUGGACACCCGCGCUGACGUGCCAGCUCCAAAGGUGGUGGAGCGGCUGCUGGGGGUGCAGUUCAGCGGUCGGGGCUUCUGUCGUACACCCCUGGUGGCGGGGUCGCGCAACACGCUGGCCAUUGACGCGGCGGGGCAGGUCUGGUCAUUCGGCUGGAACGACCGAGGCACGCUGGGGCACGGGCACCGCUCGGUGGAGCGCAAGCCGCAGCGCAUCUCGGCGCUGAGGGGCAUUCGGGUGGUGCAGGUUGCCACCGGCGGCUGGCACUGCCUGGCCCUCAGCGACACCGGCGGCAUGUUCGCGUGGGGCGGCAACGAGUACGGGCAGUGCGGCAGCGUGCAGGGGCUGGUGCCCGGCCAGCGAGACAUCGUGGAGCCGCUGCCGAUUGAUCUGGGGCUGGGUCCGCAGCUGCGGGUGCGACAGGUGGCGGCGGGCGGCAUGCACUCGCUGGCGCUGCUGGAGGACGGAACGGUGUGGCAGUGGGGUGAGAACUGGGGCGACUUCUCGCUGCACCCUCAGCGCACCCCCCGCCCGGUGCCGGGGGCGGUGGGGGUGGCGGCGGUGUGCUGCGGCGCCUUCCACAGUCUGCUGCUCACGGCGGAGGGGCGGGUGUUCAGCUGGGGCAUGAAUGACUACGGACAGCUGGGUAACGGCUCCACCACGUAUGCGACGGCGCCGCGUCCCGUGCUGGACAUGGAUGGAGUGGUGGUCGCCGACAUCGCCGCGGGCGGCUGGCACAGCUGCGCGCUGAGUGCUGCGGGCGAGGUGUGGGUGUGGGGCCGCGGCGAGUACGGCAGGCUGGGUCUGGGCGACCGCAGCGGCUCCUCCAAGUUGCGGCCGCAGAAGGUCCGGGGGCUGGAGAGCCAUGUGGUGGUGCAGGUUGCCGCGGGCGGCUCCCACACCAUGGCGCUCACCUCCACCUCGCGCCUGUUCGUGUGGGGUCGCGGCGCCUUCGGUCGCCUGGGUCUGCAGGACCCCCCGCGCGACUGUUACCACCCCGUGGAGGCCUGCCUGCCCGGGGGCACGGAGCGGUGGAGGGUGGCGGCGAUCAGCGCAGGCGGUCGCCACAGCCUGUGUCUCGCCAUCCCCGUCCGCGACUCCUCAGCUACCGGCGGCUCCUCCGCGGAAGGUGGCUGGGAUCUGGGGGUCGGGGGUGCCAUGGGGGGUGGUUUCGGAGCCGCCAUUGGAUUUGGCGGCAUGGGCGGAGUUAUGAUGGGGGGAGCCGGUUUCGGAGCCGCCGGCGCGGGCGGCGCCGGUGACGGCUGCCCGCUGCUGCUGCCGCACCAACCUACGCUGCUUGGAGGGCUGGGGAGCAGCGAGGACUUUGAGGGGGAGCGAUUCCGGGAGCCUAGUCUGUACAACAGGGAGGAUGGCUACGUGCAGCAGCAGGCUCCCCAGGCGACACAAGGGGGGCCCAACGGGGUGGCACCCCUCACUGCCGCUGCGCUGCAACCGCUUGUCGUACUGCCGUCGCUGCUGCAGUCGACGUACGGCGCUCCCACGCCAUCUGCACAGGACGCGGCUGCCGGCAUCGCCCCCGUCUGGCACUCCCUCCCGGCGGUGUUUCUGCAUUCGCUGACCCACCUCCGCUCCUUCAACAAGCUCCGACAGCACCACCAGUGGCGGCAGCGGUGGGGCCGGCGGGGGCGGCUCAGGCAGCAGGGCUGCCGUCGGCGGGGGUAGCCGAGCCCGACUCCCACCUGGGCCCCACUCUGCCCCUACCACCUGCCAGCCACCUCUCCACCUUCCACAACAGCAGCAGCGGCAACAACUUCAACAUCAACGCCUCUUCAAGCACGCCCUUCACAACGGCAGGAUCAGGCCUGCUGACCACCUCCUCCUACGGCAGCGGCAGCCUAGGCGGCGGCGGCAGCAUUGGCGGCGGCAGCGUCAACAACGGCAGCAGUGGCGGCGGCGGGGCCGCCGUACUGACACUCCUGCCGCCGCCUCCGCCUCCGCAGGCUCCUUCCUUUGCCAUGCAUGCACACCCACGGCCGCCUUCACCUCCCGCCGGUACACGAG